AUGUCUAACAAGAAAGGAGACCUGAAGAUAUAUUGGAACAAAAUAAAUUACGCUUUUCCAAUCCUAAACGAUACGAUUUUCACGGAUUGCAAUGAUGCGGAAUACGACGAAAUUCAACAACUUAUCGUUAACCUGGGUGUCCAAAUACGAGUACGAGACCUCAUAUUAGUGCACGUGGAGAAGUACAUGCGCCAGCAUAUGGCUCCAAUGUUUUGGUCCAAAUUUACCAAUGUUGAUGAUGAACUCAAAGGUUUUCAACUUUUUAAGUCUGCUGUUAACGACCUUUACGAGUGUUUAUCAAGUUUUUCUGGCAUCCUACGAAGAUUAUCCACUUUAAACUCUAGUUGUGCUGAUAACAAGCUUCUGUAUGGCGAAAAAGAUGUUGUUCCUGGCGUAAAACAGCUUGUGCGAGCAACAUUACUAUCACAACUACCUCUCAAUUUUGAUGUUAUUAUAAACCAUUUUUACAAGCUUUCUUUUAACGUUUUUGACAAUCAGUAUGAAAAUUUGGAUGCAGUUGAUAAUUUUAUGUGUCUGGGAUGUCAGAACUUGGUACAAGAAUGCAACUGUGCUUACAUUGUCAAAGUGUUUCAUGAUACCAAUAGAAAACUUAUGGAGCUACAGCUUCUAGAGAGAUUGACUGGUCAAGUAUUAACUAAUUUUAUACAAACAAGAAUAGAAUCUCAUAUCCAGAAGCUAAGUGCAGGUUCCUUUGAUGAUUGUCAUAUUAGUACUCUGGAGGAUUGGCUUAACACAACUGUUAUGUCUUGGUUAACAAGAAUAUACUGUGCAGGCUCGUCAAAGCCACCUCCUGAUGAUAAAAACAUUCAAAAUGCUAUUAAUAAAUUCAAACAGAAGUUGAGCUACUUCUUGUAUCACACUUAUACUUUGAUUAGGAUAGAUCAGCUGUUUAGCAUUAUUAUUGAAUACCCAUAUUCACUGCCUGCUAUUGAAGAUAUAAAAGUGUGUUUAGAGAAGACUGAUUUGAGGUCAACCUUAUGCAAGAAAUUGCAAACAGCUCUUGAAACCAGGUUGUUGCAUCCUGGUGUAAACACACCCGAAAUACUGACUGCUUAUGUUUCAACGAUCAGAUCUUUGAGACACCUGGAUCCUUCUGGAGUUAUACUGGAAACUGUCACUAAACCUGUCAGAUAUUAUUUGAGAAACAGAGAAGAUACAGUUCGGAGUGUUGUAAGUAGUUUAACAGAAGAUGCUGGCAGUGAGCUUGCGGAGGAGUUGGCAAAUUUUGCAGCAGAAGAUGGGGAUGCAGAAAAGGAAGAUGCUUGGGAUGAAUGGAAUCCAGACCCAGUUGAUGCUGACCCAAAAGUCAAUUCAAGUGAUAGGAAAUCUUGUGAUAUAAUAUCAAUGCUUGUUAAUGUUUAUGGCAGUAAGGAACUAUUUGUAAAUGAAUACAGGACAUUGUUGGCAGACAGGUUGUUGGCUCAAAGUGUGAUAAACACUAAUAAAGAAAUAAAAUAUUUGGAAUUACUGAAGCUGAGAUUUGGUGAGUCACAGUUACACUUUUGUGAAGUAAUGUUGAAAGACAUAUCAGAUUCUAAACGAAUAAAUUCCUUGAUCCAUCAAGACAGCAACUUUGAACAGCUAAAUAGGAAGUUCACAUCAAACGCUAUGAUUUUGUCAGCUCAGUUUUGGCCACCAUUCAAAGAUGAAAGCUUGGAGCUACCAGAGGAAACCAAGAAGCACUUUGAGGCAUACACAAAGGCUUUUGAAGCACUGAAGGGCAACAGAACAUUGAGUUGGAAACCGCAUCUUGGUAAUGUGAAUAUUGAAAUUGAAAUUGGAGAAAAGAAGUUAAACUUGACUGUGUCACCAUUCAAUGCUACACUUAUAAUGCACUUUGAAAAGAAACCUGAAUGGUCUCUUGAGGAUUUACAUCUGGUGAUGAAAGUGCCUGUAACUGUAUUAAGGAGAAAGAUAACUUACUGGCAAUCGAUGGGGCUAAUUUCUGAAAAAAGCACAGAUUAUUAUGUUCUUGUGGAUGGGAGUAAUGCAAAUAAGGCUAAUGUCUCUACAAAUCAAGUGCAGGAAAUGAUUUGUGAGGAUGAUGAAACUGAGAGUGCUAUGGCAUCAGCACAUGAUCAAAGAGAAGGAGAGCUGCAAGUGUUCUGGUCUUACAUUGUUGGAAUGUUGACUAAUUUAGAUUCUUUGCCUCUAGAUAGAAUACAUCAGAUGUUGAAGAUGUUUGCUUCACAAGCACCAGGAGCAGAGUGUAGUUUGCAGGAACUUAGACAAUUCUUGGAUACUAAAGUUAGGACACACCAACUUGUCCUGCAAGGAGGAAUGUACAAAUUACCUAAAGCAUAG